AUCCCGACAGACACCAGGCACAGCGGAGCAUCCCUGAUCCAUCCAUCCAUCAUCCAUCCAGCCUCAGACAUGAGCCGCUGCAGCUCGCACAGAAGCUCACAUAUGUUCUUCAUCCCUUUUUGGGGGCUACUCUUCAUCUUGAACGUUCAGCGGUCCACAUCGGUCCCCAUCAGCAUGGGCCUGACCAACGCAGACGUGAACACUCUGAAGGACCUCCUCCACCGACUGCAGGAGUCGGUUCCAGAGCAGAGCUCUGUUGAUGAGGAGGGAGCUGUAGAGAGGGACACUCUGAACCAGCUGAGCACAGAGGAGGAGCGAGAAGAUGAGCCAGGACUGAGCAGAAUGGAGGAGGAGGUGAUCAGGGAGCUUCUGUCAUCCAAAAACCUGAAGAGCCUUCGCUCCGGUGACUCGUCCAGGAGGUCGUCCGGCUGCUUCGGCCGGCGAAUGGACCGGAUAGGCUCCAUGAGCUCUCUGGGCUGUAACACUGUGGGCAGAUACAAUCCAAAGUGAAGAUCAAGUCUUACAGUCUGAACCUGGACCCGCGCCUUUCUACCAAAAUCUGUUUUUACUCAACACUAUUUAUUGACUAAUAUUUAUUGGACAUUGUGUCUUUAAAGUAUCAUUGUUAAGAAUAGAUGUGCUGUUAUUUAAUGCUGAAUAUGUUAAUAAAUGUUUACAAAUGC